AAUAAAAAAAAUAUAUAUCCAGCAUCCGAUCAACGAGCCCUUGCUUUUCUUCAAGUUCGUAGCAAAAUAGUUCUGCAAUGACUAUCUCUGCUUCAUCCCUUGCCCCCAGAACCUGUCCCUACGCCCCACUUCCUCUUCCUGCUCCUCAAUUUUCCUUCCAUUUGAUCCACCUUCCUUCAAAACGGCCUCCCACCCAAUAAGAGCUCUGAGAGAGUGGCAAGAGCACGAGGAGGCAGUGAAGCGCAAGGACCUUACCAGAGCUCUCAGGUUCUUGAAAUCAAUUGAGAAAAACAAUGGUGAUCCAGUUGAGGAGAAGCUCAAACAUGGUUCUUUGUCUAUUGAAUCGCCUCGGCCCCAACUCGGAGAGCUGGAGUUUGUUGGUGGGUUAGAGAGGGAUUGGGAGGUCUUGGAUACUUAUUUGAGUGCUAGUGAUAUGAGACUUGUGGGUAUUGCUUAUGGGUUUCUAAAGGACCGAGGGUUCUUGCCCAAUUUUGGAAGGUUCAGUGGUAUAGGUAUUUUUUUGUUAUUAACUCCUGCUGAGGGUAUUCUUUUAUAUGUUUUGGUUUUGAGUUUUUUCUGUCCUCGGGUAUUAAUUCACAGCGAACUUGGAAAGGGAAAAAUGGGUCUUUUGUCAUAUGUAAAGGGGUGUGCUUUGCAAUUGUCACGGUAACAGCUUUCAUUUCUGCUCGAAUGAAUAAUUUUGCUUUCAACUUCUUCAACAUGCACACUUUAGGCAGUUCUGUAGGGGCCAAGAGACGUUACACCAGGUGUCUUGAAGUCCUCUAGUGAUUUAGAUGUUAUCUUUAUUUUAAUUUUUAUGAAUUUGUCUAAGUUAUUCAAGUUGUUGCAUCAUCUUGAUUUGAACUAGUUUGCAUGUAGAAAUCUUUGCAGCUUCAGCAGAAUGCAUGGUUUUAGAUGAUUGGGAUUAUAAUAAUGUAUAUCGUUUUAU